GUGCGCAUGCGCUAAGCGAACAGGUUAUCUGCGACGAAGGACGGUUGGAAAUUAGAUUUGUGCAAUCCAAUUCUGAGUUCGUUCAGGAUCAGGUGAAGUUGAAGACUCGUUUCUAAAGUAAAUCACACUCAGUGUUUUAACGGUUACUUUGCGAAGUAUCAACAAUCCCAACCAUGUCUGAGAGCCAUUUUGAUGACUACGAGCACUACAACUAUGACCAGGACAAACAGCUGUAUUGUGGACAUAGUGGAAAACAACGUUCGAAGAAAGAAGCAAGUGAACAUACGAACCAUUUCGACCCCAGUGGACACACAAGAAAAAUCGCAGACAAACUUCAAAAGACCGAACAGCACAAGAAAAACGGGAACUCUAAACCGAAGGGUAAUUAACUUAGUGUAAUUUUUGUGAAUGGACUUGUACUUCGGACUCGUUUCUUCGAUCUCUGGACUGACUGAAUUUUCGUGAGUUAAGUAUAUAAGUUAUGUUUCUUGUACCCAAGCAGUUGUUGGGAUUUUAUUAAAAUGGGACUUUUACUGGAAAUGUUCGAUGAAGUUUGUUUAUCAAAGCAAUGGACUAAACAUAGGUUAAAGUUGUUGAGUGGCAUUUGAUGUCCAACUUCAAGGCACUUACAUCUGCCGUGCUCUGCGCUUCAAACUUCCAGGAGCUUAUUCCCUCGCUCGCCUUUGUAAAAAUGUGUCCUAUGGACUUGCUGAUAUUAUUUUGUACCAACAUACGAUUGUGUAUUUUAUACGCAUUUAAAUAAAAUUAGUUAAGUGUU